UUUGCUUCCUUAGAUACUGUAAUACGUAACUCUUAUUACAAAUAUCUCCACCCAAAAGAGGCUUUGAUAAACAAUGGUAUUCUUAAUCGUGGCAUUUUAACCGUUGCAAGUAAAUUGAAAAAUUUAACUGAUUCCGGUAAAUCAACUUCCAACAUACAAUUUAUCAACUACGUUUACCCUUAUGGUGCCAGUUUAAAUGUAACUAAACCUGGAAUAGGAAUUUUAUCAACCGGAUCUGUUUGUUACCCAUUGAAUCGACCAACCAUUGCUUUUUACACUGAUAAAGCAACAAAUGGUAAAUUAAUUGUCAUUGGAUCAUCACAAAUGUUUACUGAUACUUACAUUGAAAAGGAAGACAAUUCAUUGAUCAAGGAUAUUAUUUUGGAAUACUUGUUGGAACCCAUUUUCCCGAUAGAUCAGAUUGAUGCUGAAGAUCCUGAAAUUAGUGAUUAUCACACUGUACCUGAUAUUACUUUGCUAUCUGAAGAGCCAUUGUCCUGUUUGCAAGAAAUAGAAGAUGCUCCUUCAGAUUAUACCAAAUUAUUCAGUAAAGAACUCUAUGAAAUUGAUAAUACUCUGUUAGCUAAGGUAAUAUUGGCUUAUAAAGAGUUUCACAUGGAGAAGGAACCACUCAAAUUAAUUAAACCACAAUUUGAAGCUCCACUACCAAACUUGGAACCAGCUGUUUUCCCACCAAACUUUCGUUUUCAUCCCAAGCCUGACUUAGAGUUGUAUGAUCUUGAUCAAGCUUUCAGUUCGAUUCCAGCACGAUUAACCCAAGUAGUCAACAAAUGCACAGACGAUGAUCUCGAUUAUUACAUCAAGGAAUGUGCCAUGGUUCUAGGACUUCAAGGAUCUGAAAAGAUGUCAUCGAAAGAAAUUCUGAACAAAAUAUUUAACAAAAUUGUCCUUUACAAGAAAGUAAACAUUGAUAAGGAUUGACAUCAAUAAAAUUAUUAUUUCCCUAAAA